ACUCGGGAGGUGCGGGCAGAAGCCUGUGCGGUGAUGGCUUCUCUCCGGAAAAGACCUUUGGAGGUCCAGUGAGUAAGGGAGGCAUAAUUCGGGGAAGGAGACUACGUGUCAGGUUUGUUAUUAUAACAUGUAGAAUCACAGAGUCGUUGUGGCUAGAAAACAUAUUCCCUGUGGUAAAAGUGGACAGGUAAUAAGUCCUUGUAGAAGCAGGACACAGGCACCAAUCCGAGCUGUGUCAGCUUGUCGAGUUUGCAAGUGCUGCUCAGAGCUCCUGGGAGGGUCCUGUGUAGGAAAAGGARAAACGGGUGCAGGGAAGUUUUUGAGCGAGAAGCGGGUCUCGCUCCAGCAAAGCGGAAGGUGCUGUGCCACGCUGUGGAAGUGGUACACUAGUCGUCAGGUUGUGUCCUCUUCAGCCUGAGCCCUUCGGGGCUGGGAAGCUGAUGGAGCUUUAUCAGGAAGGCCCUUAGCCGCUGUCAUUCUUUGCCCUGUGAAAAUCAGUCCUAGGUCAGUAGUUCCUUAUUCUUUUAAUUAUUGAUGGCUGAGCCACAGGCUCUUCACCUUCUCUUCCUUCUUAUUUGUGUCCUCCUCCUUGUCAGAGCUUCCCCCUCAACAUAGUUUCUGUUUUCUGCUUUUUGAUUGUAUCUCAGUGGUUGGGACCUGGUAGCCUAGGUCAGGGGCGGGAGACAGAAUCUCAUCUUCUGUUUUGGUGUCUGUGGUCCUGCCCUCAAGACCUCAGUACUUUUGGAGAGGUUAUAAUGUUCAUUUGUGAUGUGAUAAGUGUGGUGCUGCAGCCCUUUGGGUGAAUGGGAAAGGAGAGCUGGUUCUUCAUGAAUUCCAAAAGACACAGGUGAAGGAUGUUCCUGGGCUUCGCCUCUAGAGACAAGAACAGUAGUUUUGGGGAGCUGUGAAUGGACGAGUCCUGCAGCUCACAGCUGCCUCCUGCGGCUCCCGCCGGUGGCCCUUCUAUAAAUAAACCUGCGGCUCCGAGUAGGGAGGGCAAGGUACUGACAUCCAAAUGGCUCUCGUGAAUGGACGACUGGGCUUAUCCAUAGCCCAACAAAGCAGCACAGUCAUCCAACGACACUUCAGUGUUACUGGAGCUUGCAGUGCGAUACAGAAGCUGACCCGUGUGCGCGUGGUGGACAACAGCGCCUUGGGGAACACGCCGUACCACCGGCCACCAAAGUGCAUCCACGUGUAUAACAAGAACGGGGUUGGCAAAGUAGGAGAUACCAUCCUCCUGGCUAUCAAAGGAGAAAAGAAGAAGGCUUUAAUUGUAGGGCAGAAGAUGCCCGGCCCCACCAUGACGCCUAAAUUUGAUUCCAACAAUGUGGUACUUAUAGAAGACAAUGGAAAUCCAACAGGGACUAGAAUAAAAACGCCGAUACCUUAUCUCCUGCGGCAGAAAGAAGGAAAGUUCUCCAAAGUAUUGGCCAUUGCCCGCAACUUUGUGUGAUGGCUGAGAAAAGUUUCUUGCCAUCCUGUUGAUAUCCUUUCAUGCAGUAGCCAUUUUGGGGUUCUUUUCUAGAAGAAGGGGAAACCUAAAAAAGAGGAGGUUCAUAAAAGGCUCUCUUUCUGUUUGUGAAUUAUAAACAACUAAUUCUGGUAUUGAGAUAUCUUGCUCCUCCUCCACAUGAAUGUUGAUUUGUUUCACAAAAACAUCUGCAGUGURUUUGGGAGGUGCUCCUUCGCUCUAACUGUUCCUGUGCUGUUAAUUUGGCCUC